AUGGGCACCUCCAUCGCUUCCAAAUGCUUCAGCCCAGGAGCCCCGAUAAGCCAUUGUUUCAAACGUGAACUCGACUUCGUCAUGGGCCCGAAAAAAUAUCCCUCACCCAAGAAGAGGAAAGAAAAAAAGAAACCGAGUGGCGCGCCUGGGGCCCAGACUACAUCCCGACCGGCCAAGCACACGUCGGUGAACCAAGAAAAGGAAUUGCAUACAGCGCCCGUUACCUCAACCGCAUCUGCAUCAACCAACGAGCCGAAGAAGAAAUCACUGGAUGGACAAGGCCUACCGCAAACCCUG